UUGCUUCGAGGAGCCGCGGCUGCCGCUGCCGCCGCCGCUGCUGCAACGUCGAGUCUUUCCGAGGCGCGCGCGGGGGGGAGUUUCCUGCGUGGGGCGGGCCGGGGGCGGCUCCGGGCGCGCAAAAGGCGCGGGGCGGAGAAGGCGCGCGGGGCUCUGCCCGUCACGGCCGCUUCCCUCCGCCCCUUUCCCGGCCAGCCCAGGAACGGAGCGUCCGCGCGGCCUCCGGACGGUCGCUCGCUCGCUCGGCGAGGCUUCUUCCCCUCCUUCUCCUCUCGGGUCGGGCUCCGUGGCCCUCGCUGCUCCGCCUCCGCCAUGUCCGCAGCCGCGGGCGGCGGCGGGGCGGGCACCCCCAAAGCGCUGCCUUCGUCGGGACCCAAGUCUCUGCGGGAGAUGCCGCACCCGCUGGCCGCCUCCAGCAGCGAGGAGGCGGGCGCCGAGCUGACGCCCAGCCCGGACUUGCAGCUGCCGCGCAGCAUCGCCGAUAAGGACCUCAGUCUGCCCAAUGGUACUCCUGUAGACACUUCAAGCCCAGCCUCUUCUUCCUCACUUCUGAACAGACUGCAGCUGGAUGAUGACUUGGAUGGGGAGAUGAGAGACCUCUUUGUCACUGUUGAUGAUCCCAAGAAACACGUCUGUACGAUGGAGACUUAUAUCACGUACAGGGUCACAACCAAGACCACACGUGCAGAGUUUGACUUGCCAGAGUAUUCCAUGCGCCGAAGAUACCAGGAUUUUGACUGGCUCAGGAAUAAACUGGAGGAAUCUCAACCCACUCAUCUCAUUCCCCCUCUUCCAGAGAAAUUUGUGGUCAAAGGAGUUGUUGAUCGCUUUUCAGAAGAAUUUGUUGAGACUAGGAGGAAGGCCUUGGAUAAAUUUUUGAAAAGGAUUGCUGAUCAUCCUGUGCUUUCUUUUAACGAACACUUUCAUGUGUUUCUUACUGCCAAAGAUCUUCAUGCUUAUAAAAAGCAGGGAAUGGCCUUGCUUUCUAAGAUGGGAGAAUCAGUAAAAUAUGUCACAGGAAGCUAUAAACUCAGAAGUCGACCGGUGGAGUUUGCUGCCAUUGGUGACUACCUAGAUACUUUUUCUCUGAAGCUUGGAACCAUUGACAGAAUAGCACAGCGAAUUAUCAAGGAGGAAGUAGAAUACCUUGUGGAGCUCCGAGAGUAUGGUCCUGUUUACUCAACCUGGAGUGGGUUAGAGAAAGAGCUGUCGGAGCCUCUUGAAGGAGUGUCUGCCUGCAUUGGGAAUUGCUGUACGGCACUUGAGGAACUCAGCGAAGACAUGACCGAAGACUUCCUUCCUGUCCUAAGAGAGUAUAUGCUGUACUCGGAGUCCAUGAAGAAUGUGUUGAAGAAAAGAGAUCAAGUUCAAGCAGAAUAUGAAGCCAAACUGGAAGCUGUGGUCUUAAAAAGAGAAGACCGCCCCAAGGUGCCCACUGAGGUCGAAAAGUGUCAGGACCGCGUGGAAUGCUUCAACGCAGACCUGAAGGCGGAUAUGGACCGGUGGCAGAACAACAAGCGCCAAGACUUUCGGCAGCUGUUGAUGGGAAUGGCAGACAAAAACAUCCAAUAUUACGAGAAGUGCCUUACGGCGUGGGAAUCUAUUAUACCACUUUUGCAAGAUAAGCCUGAGACCAAAUAAGAAAUCGCAUCUUUCCCCUCCCUUUUCCUCCCUGCACCACGGACUUCUGACCAAGUGACGGUACCACUAAACAUACUGGAGAUACACUAUGCACGACUUGGCGUCAGUUUGGGGUUUUCCCACCCCACCCCCUGGAGGAACAACUACCUGUGCUGAACCUCGGGACUGAUCCAACUUGGAAAAAGUUUGGAACUGUACAUUUUUGUGCCACCUUUUUAUUAAACCAUCCAAGUUGGCCUUGAAUGCUCCUACUCGCGAUCCUUGGCUGACGGCAAAGGAACUACAGGAACUUUUCUCCUUUUUGGACCGCUUUAUAUUGAAUGAAGUUGAUACGAGGAACACUACAAUAAUAAUAAGGAUGGUGAUGAUAAUUAUGAUGAUGGUAAUAAUAAUAAUAAAGGACUCUUAAAAAUGCAAGGUGCCAACACAUCGUUAUUGUCCUUCCUUUUCCUUGUUAGUUUAGUAAGGAGCGGUUGGCCAUGAAACUGCAGCUGUUCACUCUUCAAAGUCUGUUGGAUUUCUCCCCCCUCCUCCCACCCUCCAUAUGGCUGACAGAAGACACUUGCUGGAUUCUCAAAGGUCUCUUUGAAUUAACUUGGGCUUUGUGGAUGGGAAGGUCAGGUCUACAGGGCAAAAGUUGCAAUGCACAGGAAACCUGCAGAAUAUUUCAGAGGUGGUCUUGUGGCUAUGGCGUGUAGUCAGUUAGGUUCCAGAGCCUUUGAGCCAUUUAUUGGGGAUGGGGAAGUUGUUUGGGGUGUUGCGUGCCUCCCAAAGUCUGUACAUGAGACUAUUCAUCUUUUCUUCCUUUAUUUUUUAAAUCGAACCUUUUCUGCAUUUUUUUGAAUUGCUAGUGUUUGCCAUGUGAUAGAUGUUGUUUCACAGUGACCCCCAAGUCUCACCUUGGGCUUUCUUUAAAAAACAAAAAAACAAAAAGCCAGUGAAACUGCUCUUAAACAUGUCCAAGGGGAGCGCAGCUGAAGAGAGACCUCUCACAACAAGCAACCGUUUUUCUUUCCACUGCCUUUCAUUAGGAUGGCUGUGUAUGUACCAUUAUGGGCGGAGACCUAGUAUUGUGGCUCGGAGAUUGAGCUAUGAACUGACAAACCUUUGGUUCAAAUUUCAUGUCUGCCAUGAACUUGCUAGCCACUACCUCUCAGUACAGUGGUACCUCUGGUUACAAACUUAAUUUGUUCCGGAGGUUCGUUCUUAACCUGAAACUGUACUUAACCUGAGGUACCACUUUAGCUAAUGGGGCCUACCGCUGCCACUACAACGCCGCCACACAAUUUCUAUUCUCAUCUGAGGUAAAGUUCUUAACCUGAGGUACUACUUCCGGGUUAGCGGUGUUUGUAACCCAAGGUGUUUGUAUCCAAGGUACUGCUGUAUCCCUCAUUUUUAAUAAGUGGAUACUACUAAAUUACCUUGCAAAGGGAAUAGAAGGAUAUUGAGAUUGCACAUGAAGCUGUUGACUCAAAAAGGCACUAAAUAAGUGCUAGGUAUUUGACAGAGUGGGGACUGUCUUUUUAAAAGUACUAAGUGGAUUUUAGGGAUGUGGGUGGUGCUGUGGGAUAACCACAGAGCCUAGGGCUUGCCGAUUAGAAGGUUGGCGGUUCGAAUCCCCGCGACGGGGUGAGCUCCCGUUGCUUGGUCCCAGCUCCUGCCAACCUAGCAGUUUGAAAGCAUGUCAAAGUGCAAGUAGAUAAAUAGGCACCACUACAGCGGGAAGGUAAACAGUGUUUCCGUGUGCUGCUCUGGUUGGCGGGAAGCGGCUUAGUCAUGCUGGCCACAUGACCUGGAAGCUGUACGCCGGCUCCCUCGGCCAAUAAUACGAGAUGAGCGCCACAACCCCAGAGUCGGUCACGGCUGGACCUAAUGGUCAGGGGUCCCUUUACCUUUAAGUGGAUUUUACUCAGCUUUACAAGCAUUUGUGCUGGGGAGUGACAAUAAGCAAUUUUGUGCAUUUUUUUUUACUUGUGCUGUGCUAUUUUUUUUUAAAAUCCCCUGCCCUUGCCAUCUGUUCCAAUAAACACUCAAUGGAUGCAACCGAGACUCUGUUUUGAAAAUAAAUGUUAGCAAUUAAUACUUAGAAACAGUCUUUUUAUUAGCAAGGAAGGAAUCGCUACCUCUCUGUAGAUAUGUGUACAAUAGUUUGGAGUUAUUUCUCAUUUGGAUUAGCAAAGGUUCCAGAACGGGUGGUGUUCAAAAGUAUCAAGCAAUACUUUGGUUUUGUGUCAACUUGUGGGAUCAAGAAUAUUUAGAAACAUGGAAAUUGCCAGCAUGUAACUUAAUACCUUGGAAGGAAUAAGAAGUAUGGGCUGUGUGUAACAGGGUUUAUGAUAGAGACAUGGUCACUAGGAGGGAUGCUAGAGGCCAUCCGUUCCAAUCCCACUUACUCAAUCCAGGACCUGCAAUAUAAUAUCCCUGACACAUGGCUGUCCAGCUUUUGCUUAGACACUUCCAGUGACCUGCCACCUUCCAAGGCAGUCUACCAGCUCUCAGUCUCUUUUAAUCUCCCAAAGCAUCGCCUUCCAAUUUUGACACCAUAGAGAAUCCACGAGCUCUAAAAUAAAAGAGAGAUUGUGCACUGGAUUGUCUGUUUCCAAGAUCAUAAGUAACUGGAAUCUCUGGGUGAAAGAAAGAAAAAUCUUUUCUCACAUACAGACAUAACAAGUCAAAUUUUUAUUGAAUGGAUAAGGUGUUUUGCUUUGAGUUCCCAUUCUAUCAUAAAGGCUCGUGUACAAAUUGAAUGUCUUAUGAUUUCUCAAUGCAGAAAUUGGAUGUUAAGAGGACAUGCGUGCCCUUCAAUAGAUUGUAUUGUUGAUGAGAUAACAAAACUUAGAUUGUAAUGUUGGCUGUGUUCACUUCUGAAAUCAAACUUCUUAAUGCUUGCUCUCUCGGUUUCAAUGUCCUCCUGUAUGGUUUUUAAAUAAAAAAAAGCCUGUUGCAGGCAGCAGGGCACAAUUGGCAAGAUGCUAGGAGCUCCUGUCUUUGCAGUUGGAGUAGAAGCUGUUGUUUAUCAGGCUGAAGGGGCAAAGCUUUGAACAGAGGCAAUGAUACAGUUUGCAUUGUGUAUUGAAAAGUGCUCUUGCUACAGUUCAUAUGGAUUGGGUUUCAUGUUUAGGAAAGGGUCAUGGCCAUUUUUAUUUUAAGUACAUGUAGCACAGAGGCCUGCCUACUGAUCUGUGCUUGAGAGGUUUUUUUGUGUGUGUGCGAAGAGUGAACAUACCUCCGAUUCUCACCACCCAGCAGUGGUGUAACAUGGGUUGCUAGUGCCCGGGGCAAGGCAGGUAUCCUUGGCACUGCCUGAUAGGCUGGAACAAAGGGGCAAUACCUCAGCGGCCUACCCGAGUAGCAGUUGCAGUGCCCCGUGAGUGUUGAGCAUGCUGGAGUGUGGGACAGGGGAUUGGUCGGAAGCAGAUAUCUUUCUAAAACCCAUGCAGAGGACGUUCUAGCAACUGGCCACCACCCAAAUCUGCUCCUCAGUCUGCCUAUGUGGACAUUGGUUUAUUUUCUCUGUGAGGGCAAGGGCACACUAUUCUUUAUUUAUUAUUACUACUUUCUUCUUUUGAAAUUUUGCGCCCCUAAGAAUUUUGCACCCAGGGCAAUUGUCCCUACGCCACUGCCACCUGGAGAGGUGAUCUGUAUUGCUGAGUCCGGUUCUCCCUCCUCUGAAAAGAAAGGAAGGUUUAGUGGGCACAGUAGCCCAUGUGUAGCCCGUUGUUGCAUGUGAUGAUCUGGACAGUGAAUCCAUCUGUGUGUAUAUGAAACCAAACACACUUAUGAUUCUAAUGUAUUCUGAAAGGGUGUCUUGGCUUAGAUUGUUUCGAAGCUGAGACAGGCAGUGUAAAAAGCCUUAGCUUUUUGUAAUUAUAGUAGGCACUUCAGACCCUAUAAAGCUAUACUGGGGUGUCAGUUUUAGAUUAACAUACUCAGUGCCCCACACAUAUUAUAAAUCAUUUUAGUUCCACUAGCUGUUUGUUCUUUUUUUCCAAACUUUUUCUUACUCUGAACAAAUAAAGGUCUUUUCACAAAGAUAACCGCCCUUCCUUUUUUUUUUAAAGGCAAACUGUUUGCUCUUGCCCAAAUAUUUUUGUACAUGUGAAAUCAGAGUGAUUCUCCACCCUCAUGGAAUCAGUAAACAUAUAAAUGUCAAAACAUUUUGCAGACACUUUAUGAUCAGCAUUAAAAAUAGUUGCAUUCUUAACAUAGUGGACUCUCCCUUUCCAAACACUAAUUUGCACACGGUGCAAUUUGGAGCAAAACAGUUUUGGAUGACCAUCUUCCUAUCAUAGCUAGACUUUUAGGUAUACUCAAAAGUUGCUUAUUUAAACUUGCAUUUUAUGUCCAAAUUUUAAAAUUUGGGUUCACUGGCUUCCCAUUUUAACGUGUAUCUCUAAGCUUUUCUCAAAGACUCUCUCUAGGUGCAGCUGAGCAUUUCUGAGUCACCUUCAAAGGUAGCCCCUUGUAGAGCGUGUUGCAGUAGUCCAGGGCAUGUACCACUCUGGCGAGACAGUGAGCAGAUAGGUAGGGGCUACCGUUUGUGCAAUAAGGCUUACUUCUUCUCCCUGCACUUGAGGGGGUUGGGAGAACCCUGCCCCCCCCAAUGAUGCACAGGGAGAGGAGAGGAGGGGUGUUUCUGCCUGCUAAGCUGGCAUCCUGGAAUGUUCAACCUAGUGUGAUGUUGAAUUCCUUGGAGUCCAGCAACUUCUUAGAGACACGAGUUCCCCACCCCUGCUAUAGCGACAGACACAAUCAUGGCACCCGGCAGCAUCUCUCUGAAUGGGUUUUGAGCCAUGCCAGUAUCUGAAAAGAGAUGCAAGUUCAAGGUGAAAGAGCAAAACUCUGGAACUUGAGCCUUGAGAUUCUCCAGGUGUUGCUGGACUCUCACCCCCAAUUGUUGGCCAUGCUAGCUGAUGGGAGUUGUAGUCCACAGCAUCUGGAGGGCUACAGUUUCCCCACCCACUUCUAAAGAUUGCUAUUUAGGGAAAUGGUUUGAUGCAUGGAAGGGAGGAUGGGAGAUUAGACUGUCUCUGUUGCCAAGUAUUUUCUGCAGUUCAUCUGCUAGAGACCCAUGUGGAGUGUGUUGCUCCCGGAGUCUGUUUUCGUCUGUGUUUUAGUAACUGUUGGCAGAAGUUAAGCUGAUGAUGAAUAGCAUGGAAUACAUCCUUGCAGUCUUUCAGUCCCCAUCUGUGCUUUUUAAUAGCUAAAGUGAAAGCAGUAGUAAAAAGGAAGAAAAUAAAUAUUCACGGCCAAACCAAGGAAAGGAUUGCAAACCCAAAGUGGCAGCUUCCGAUUAGUCAUCAGCAAAACACAAGCACACCAGCCAUCCCAAACAUAGCCCACAUGGGGAUGAAUGUGUAUGUAUUGUGAGCUAAAUUUGACCACCAAAAUGGAAGCUGCAGGUGACUUCUUGGUUCUAUUCCUCUCCUCUCUCAGCACUUCCAGUUUACAUAUCAACUAAGCACACAGUGAACCCAUUUCCCUUCUUGUUUUGGGAGACAGGCAGGAUAUUCCCAGCAGGUAGUUCUUCUCUGUAUGCCCCACCAAGGCUAAAGUCAGCUGAGUUUGUGCAUGGUGGGGCUUUCUGAGGGAGCUUCCCCGUGAAUUGGGUUCUCCAGGUCUGUCCAGGUGCUAGCAUGUGGUUCGCUCACUUUUAUCCUUUUUUAUAUGCCUAUGUACAAAAUAAUAAUAAGUACUGUGCUGUGUUGACUCUGUGGUUUGUUUGUUUUUAAGGCAAAAUAAUUUAUAAUGCUUGAUCAACUCUUUGUGUGUAUAAGGAUGGUUUCUUUGACAAAAAAAGAGGACUGGAUCAAUAAAUGGAUUAAAUUGCUUUACCAGUCAAUGUGAUGCUUUUGGUGUGUGUUGUGUUCGCCUAUGAUGCCUGAGAAUUGAAGACUUGAAUACUGGUGAUGACACCGCCCCGCCUCCCAAAACCCUUUUGCCUUUCUAACACCAGGCAUCAUUGCAGCCAAAGUGGAAUGAUUUUUACAUCCUACUGAUUUUUGAAUGGAACAGGUGAACUAAGAACCCUGCACCUAGGGCCUUGCUUACAGCACCAACAUAGAUUAGGUGGUCAGAGGAGAAGUUGUGGGAACUAUAGUUCACCUCUAGAAUUCCCAGCACCCUUCACAAACUACAGCUGCCAGGAUUCAGUGGGGGGUAGGUGAGCUUUGUGCUUUAAAUGCACUGUGUAGAUGUGACCUCUUUGUCCUCGUUUCAUGUUGUGAGUUCCAGCACCAUGUUUACAACCCCUGCCUCCCGAAUAGAUAAAUGGCAAUAAUCCAAGCUGUACUGUAACAGAGACAGAAUCAUGGUACCCAGGUGGCUUUAGACAAGGGUAUAAUGGAGCAGAGCCCUGCUGAGUUGCAGCACAGUGUGAUAAAUAGUCUGUUGGGGGAAAGAGACAGACGAUAGAUAGAUAGAUAGAUAGAUAGAUAGAUAGAUAGAUAGAUAGAUAGAUAGAUAAUAUAAUAUA